GAUAACAUCGAUUUGUUGGUUACUACUGUGGUGUUUGUGUGGCGACGAUUUGGCGUAGAUAAAAUGCACCGAAUAUCGUAACGUCGUCGAUGGAAAAAUAUUAUUAUUUUCUUUUUACCGUCGUCCACUCCUCGUCGGUCCUCGCACGGUCGUAAUCCGUCAGUACAACUACAACUGUCGACCGGUGUGCUCGAGUUCGUCGGCAGGUAAAUAACGAUUAUUAUCAUCUGUCAAAUGACGAUAUUAUUAUGAUGUCGUCAUCGGUGACCGGCGGGUGUUUGUUGAUUAUUCACCGCCGUCUGAUAAUAAAAUAAUACACAACACUCGCACCGUACGUACGCACGCCAGCGCCGCAGCCCCGUCGUCCCCUCUCCGCCGUCGUCCGACGCCGCCGCCGCCGCCGCCGCCGCCGCCGCAAACUUUAGCCGACCGACGGUUAAUCAAGAAAGUUUCGAUACCUGUCAAGUACUACACCGAUUACGCCGACACGCUCGCCCCGGCACUGCUGUUGUUGGCCCGAGUUCGUAGACGUUCCACACGACACGACUAUUAUGGUUAAUACGUUUCAUACGUGAUACGUGUGUAUAAAAAACAGAAAGCUGUCAAAAAUGCUAUAACGUAAAACACUAUUACAUUAUACGUGUUUGUGUAACCUUCAUGUUUAUUGACGAAAGCAUCUGCUUGUUACAAAUCAUGGGCAAUUGGACUAGUUGUUGCUCGUACAGCAGCCCUCUGUCUAGGCGCAAGGAUGCCAACGGCGCUGUAAACGAAUUCGCGCAAGAGGGCGAGGAGAGUGUUGGAAACUUACAGCACAUUAGUGAACGCGAGCACGACGACUGGAACACUGACCCGUCCGUUCAUCCGAAAGUAGCGACGAUAUUUUUGGAGAGAUCGAAAGUUGAAAACGGCUUAACAAGAAAACAAAGUCAGUCUCAGAUUGUAGACUUCAGAUCUCUAAAAAAAAGUAGUUCAUGUUCUACUAUAUAUUUAGAUGAUAGUACAGUAUCUCAACCAAAUCUAAAAAACACGGUAAAAUGUGUAGCACUUGCAAUCUACUAUCAUAUAAAAAAUAGAACUUCUGAAAGACAAAUUGAAAUUUUUGAUGAAAAAUUACAUCCUUUAACUAGAGAUAGAGUACCUGAUAAUUAUGAUGUUCAUAGUCCAGAGCAUCGUCAUAUAUAUAAAUUUGUUCGAACAUUAUUUAAUGCUGCACAACUAACUGCUGAAUGUGCUAUUAUAACAUUAGUUUAUUUAGAAAGGUUAUUAACUUAUGCAGAAGUUGACAUAACACCUGCCAAUUGGAAAAGAAUUGUUCUUGGAGCAAUUUUGUUGGCGUCAAAAGUUUGGGAUGAUCAAGCUGUAUGGAAUGUAGAUUAUUGUCAAAUUCUUAAAGAUAUAACAGUAGAAGAUAUGAAUGAAUUAGAACGACAAUUCUUGGAGAUGCUUCAAUUUAAUAUUAAUGUUCCAUCCAGUGUUUAUGCCAAAUAUUAUUUUGAUCUACGCUCAUUGGCUGAAGACAAUGAAUUGACAUUCCCUGCCGAACCAUUAAGUAAAGAACGAGCUAAGAAACUAGAAGCAAUGUCUAGAGUAUUUGAAGAUAAGAUAACAGCAGAAUUUUUAAAAAAUGGUUUAAAAAAAUGGUCUAGUCUAGAUAAUGUAAGCAGUACAACAGUUGCUCGUAAAAGUGUUGCAAUAUUAUCUUAAAAAAAAAAACUAAAUACUUUUGCAUUUAUAUAACGAAUGUAACGUCACCAAUAUUGUGAUUGUUUUUAGGAUUAAUGUUUUAAGUUACUAUAGUUGUAAGACUUACUUUCUCCAUAUACUUUAAAUCUAGUAUUUUUAUUAACUUUUUUUUUGAUUAUAUAGAUAUAUUUUAUUUGUUAGUAUAUAACUAUAAAUUAGAAAUAUUAUUAGAUUUUUUGUUAGUAUUUUUUCUAUACUAAAUUAUUUUAAAUAAUCAAAAUUACCAAACAAUAUUGAAUUUAGUCAACAACGUACCAUAUUAGGUUAUAAGUAAUUAAGCAAUAAAAUCGAAUAGUAUUUUGUUGCUUAAUUGCAUGCCAUAACAUAAGUUUAAGUGAAUUAUUUCAAGUUUUCAUUUAAAAUUUCAAUCAAGUUUUUGAAUUUUCUUUCAUUUCAUUAGCUUUUAAAGUUAACUUGGAUAUUCUAUAUUGAGAAAAAUGCUUUAUUAUACACCAUAUAUUAUAAUAUAUUUAUUUACUUAGUUAAAUUAUGCACUUUAAUCGUAAUAUAUUUCAUAUUAUUUAUUUUAUUUGUAGGGAUAAGAUAACAAUUUUAAUUUGUAUAAUAAAUGAAUCAGAUAACUGAUGUGUAGUCAAAACAUAUAUUUGUUGCAUGUAAAUGACUUAAUGUAUUUUUCUACUUUUACAUUUUUUCAAUUUAUAUUGGACUUCAAACAGCAUUUGCAUUUGUUAAUAAAUAUUUACCAUGCUCACUUUUA